AUGGCUCAAGGACAUCUUCAUGUAGCUAUGAUGGAAGCAGCAAAACCUAUUGAUAAAGAUACAGUAUACUUUAAGAAUCCUUGUCUUGAACUAUAUACCGACGAAAAAAACAAAACAAAAGUUUCUGUAUUUAGAGAUGUGCAACGACCUGUAUGGAAUGAAACAUUUGAUUUUGAUGUAUGGCCAAAUAAUGAAAAUCUUCAUAUAAAUGUCCAUGAAAAUAAUGAAGGCAAAAAAGGAGAUUUAAUUGGUUCGGCACAAAUUUCUCUUGAUGAUGUUAUUAAAAACGGUCAUUUUGAGAAUUGGAUUAAAUUAACUGGUUUUCCCGGUGAUGAUAACCAGGGAGAUGUACAUAUACGUAUGACUUAUGAACAAAAAAAUCAGUAA